GCCACUAGUAUAAAGAUGCAGACAUCGACCUAUGAAUUGUCAUCUGCCGCUACCUGUGAAUACAUACAUACAUUGCCGUACAUGUGCCCGAGACACACUCCAGGGGGUUGUUGUGGAGGGGCGAAACAAGCGUGACAAGAGACCGUUCACACCAAGGAUAGACAAAGAAGGCUGAUGCAGAACAGCCGUAUUGUUUCCUUUCUAUGCUCGUGGCGCCGAGGAACUAUUCCCAUAUAUUAGAUCGGAUAGCCACGCCAGUCCCUCGUACUCGACUGCGAGGAUCGAAUGUCGAGACAUAAAACUAUGCUGAGCACACAAACUACGCAAUACUACUCCCACGCUCGGAAAUCAAGCCGCGCCGCCGCAGUACCAACUACCACGUAGCCUCGAGACCGCAACUUCUCCCGGGCACAGGGAUCGCCCGGGUCAGGACUCAGACGCGGGGACUCCCGCUCCCGUCUCGGCCCGUCUCCCCGUCCUCCCUCUGACAAAGCCUCCCCUUUAGUCCCCCCCCUCUUGAAUAAAAAUAUCAAUGCUCCCCCAAAACUCUAACAGUAUCGCGCUCACCGUCACAGCAGACCCGAUGACCGAUACACCCCCGACGGCGGCAGCGGCGGCAGCGCCCCCGCCCCCCCAGACGCUCAGCUUCCGCACGCGCAUCCGCCAGCGCGCGGGCGGCGGGACGGCGCUCGCGCCGAUCCCGGACCUCGAGGACCUGCCGUCGCCGCCGGCGAGCGCGGGCGCGUGCGCGGGCGCGAGCGGCGCCGCGACGUCGUACUUUGGGCGGGGGAGCUGGAUGUCGCCGCCGGGGACGCCGCAGGCGCAGGCGCGGGGGCGGGCGGCCCUCCUCCUCCGCGGGCCCGCCGCGGACCUGCCGGCGGACGGGCCGCGCGGCCAGGCGCGCGCGCCCUGGGCGUCGGGCGACGCGUUCGUGCCGCGCGCGGGGCCGUGCCAGUACGUGCCGCGCGGCGAGGCGGCGCCGGCGCCGCGGCGGCGGUCCGGCAUCGCGAUCCUCGAGCGCUGGCAGGCGCGCCAGAGCAACAACAACGCCGCGGCGGCGGGGGGGCCGCGCCCCCGCUCGCUGCUGCGCCGCUUCACCGAGGGCGCCGGCUGGAGGCGGGAGGGCGCAGGCCCCGCUGGCAGGCCGCGCCCCGUCAAGGCCAGCACCAUGCCCGUGGAGCCGGCGGCGCCGCCCGCUGAGCCGUGCGCCGCGGCGGACUAG